UGCCAGUAGGGGUGAUCAUCAGUGUCUGGUGUCAAACGACGUCGUUUUCCCCGUUUUUUUUCUCUCUCUCUGUAAGAAGUGCGGAUGUGAGUUGCAUAUUGAUACGGAACCGCGACGCCUCGUUUCAGAAAUGCAUAGCUAAAGCAUCGGCAAACUGGAAAGUUAUGAAUCCGGAGGAGCAAACGGUAACCUGGCUGAUAUCGCUGGGAGUGCUCAGCUCGCCUAAGAAAAACAUUGCGGACCCGGAGGAGUUUUUAAAAGCGUCGCUCAGGGAUGGCGUGGUGUUGUGCAGGCUCAUGGAGCGGCUCAUACCCGGCUUCGUCCCCAAGUACUGCCAGGAUCCGAGAGUCGAGGCUGACUGCGUUGCCAACAUCCAAGAGUUUUUAAGAGGAUGCGCGUCCUUGAAAGUAGAGGGGUUUGAACCUGAGUGCUUAUACACUGGAGAGAAUUUUGGCAAGGUCCUGACCACAUUGUUAGCUGUCAAUUUUGCCACACAAGACUGUGGUGCUGAGAGAUCAUGUCAGCAGUCUGGUGCUCCAGCUCCUAGUCAGUCCACCUCCUCACACGCACUCUCCUCUGCCAAGUCCAAAGGCUCUCUGCGAAGACAAUCCAAACCAGUGGAAAUGUCUGAGAACGGCGGAGGUGGGCAGCUGAUGGUGAAGGCACGCUUCAACUUCAAGCAAAACAAUGAGGACGAGCUGUCUUUCAACAAGGGCGAGCUGAUCCUCGUCACGCGACAGGAGGAGGGAGGCUGGUGGGAGGGCUCACUCAACGGCAAGACCGGCUGGUUCCCCAGCAACUACGUUCGUGAGGUCAAACCCUGUGAGAAGCCAGUGUCUCCAAAGGGAACGCAACUGACCAAGAACUACUUUAGUGUGGUGGUACAGGACAUCUUGGAACAUGAGCGGGAGUUUGUCAAAGAGCUACAGACGUUGCUCAGUUGUUACCUACGAACCUUGCAAGCCAGCGACAAGCUGAGCAGUGCUGACAGUGCCAGCCUCUGUGGGAACCUGGAGGAGAUCCUCACCUUCCAGCAGGGCCUCUGUGGGGCUCUGGAGGAAUGCACCAAAGUCCCUGAAGGCCAGCAGCGUAUGGCAGGCUGUUAUCUGAACCUGAUGUGUCAGAUCAGGACUCUGUAUUUGGCCUACUGUGCCAGCCACCCCUCAGCCGUCUGCAUCCUCACUGACCACAGUGAGGAACUCGACAAGUUCAUGGAGAGCCAGGGAGCCAGUGCUCCAGGAAUCCUGACCCUGACCACCAGUCUCAGUAAACCCUUCAUGAGGCUGGAUAAGUACCCCACUCUGCUGCAGGAGUUGGAGAGGCAUGUGGAGGAGGCCCACCCUGAUUACGGUGACAUAAUCAAGGCUACAGUGGCAUUUAAAAGUCUGUUGAUGCAGUGCCAGGACCUGCGGAAGCGUAAAAAUCUGGAGCUCCAGAUCUUGUCUGAGCCUGUGAAGGGCUUGGAAGGAGACAGCAUGAAGAGCCUGGGCCACGUGGCUUACAUGUCCCAGGUCCACAUCCAGAAUGGCACCAAUGAGGAAAAAGAGGAGCGCUACCUGAUGCUUUUUCCCAAUGUGCUUGUUAUGCUGUCCGCUAGCCCUCGAAUGAGUGGUUUUAUAUAUCAGGGAAGAGUGUCUCUGACAGGCACCACAGUAACUAGACAGGCAGAAGAUGCAGAAAAUGGCCACUUUGCCUUUGACAUCACAGGGAGCGUGAUAGACCGCAUGACAGUGUUCUGCAGCCACCCCCAGGAAUUACAGGAGUGGCUGGAGCACCUCCAGCCCUUUACCAAAGGAGGAAGCCCUGCUGGCACCAUUUUAAAGACUGUGGGGGUGAAGCCUCUGAGUAUGGUUGGUACCCCCACCCACCAGUCCAACCCAGGCAGCCGUGGCCCCCUGGAGCCCCCAAAGAUAAGCAAGCCCUGGUCACUCAGCUGCCUACGUCCCGCGCCUCCCCUCAAACCUUCUGCUGCACUGGGCUACAAAGAGAGGAUGUCUUAUAUCAUGAAGGACUCGAGCAAGAGCCCACGGCCCAUGAAGAAGUUCCUGCCAGGCAACAGAAAGAAAGAGAGGAAACCUUCUGAUGAUGAGGUUCUUCUCAGGAAAAGCACAGCCGCACUGGAGGAGGAUGCCCAAAUUCUGAAGGUGAUUGAGGCGUACUGCACAGGGGCCAGCCUACACCAGUCAACCACAGCAGUGCGGAAGGAGUGCAUCCCCCAGGUGCUCCUGCCAGAGGAAGAGAAGAUCAUCGUGGAGGAGAUGAAAAGCAAUGGCCAGACAGUCAUUGAGGAAAAGAGCCUGGUUGAUGCUGUGUAUGCUUUAAAGGAUGAGGUUCAUGAAUUGAAAAAGGAAAACAAGUGGAUGAAGCAGUUUUUGGAAGAGGAGCAGAAGUCUCGCAAGGAGCUGGAGAGAGUGGUCAGGAAACUGGCCAAACAGAAAAAUGAUUGUGCUUGGGAGGACAGCAACCACUGAACACGGCCCCGAAACGCAUUGUUUUCCUCAUGCGAAUGUGUAUGUGAAUAUUGGUACAUUUAUGUUGGCGUGCAUGAAAGGGUGUGUUCACGUGCACGUGUAUGUGGGAGUUUGCGUCUGCGUGCAAGUGCCUGUCUCUGUCUGUUGGCCUGUCUAUCUGUAUUGUGCGUUGUCACUUCAAACAUUUCACAUACCAGAGUUGGACUCGCUCCCUGGUACUGGAAGAAGCUCGCUGGACCUUGGUUUGACAUUGCCAUAAGCUAUAAGUUGUCUUCCGGCUCCAGCCCUAUUGGAGGACAUUUACAUUCUCUCUACUGUUGUUCCUGAAAUAGAGAGCAAAGCAAAGAGACAGAUUUAAGAUGGAAUAUUUCAAACACAUGGCUUCUUGGCUGUCCACACUGUCAACCCUUCCCAACCAGCAGAACAAUCUUGGACAGUGAAGUUAGCAAAAUGAGUUCUCUGGGAGCACCAGCAACCGAUAUGUGUGCUCCAAUAGGAAAUGCAAAAUGAAUUGGAGCCCAUAUUUGGCUCAAAACGUAUUUUCUUGCAUGCAAUUAAUUUACCAAGAGACAGAUUUUCUUCUCUUCACUCAAUGACUGUUACAGCAUUUCUUUGUUAGUGUAAUUUUAUUUGUUAGGAGGACCCCUCGCUAUCCAGUGGGGGCGCAAAUAUUUGAUGAGCUUUAACGAGCAUGUUGCUGGCAUUUUCGUUAAGUUCUAGACAGGAGACUGAAACUCCUAGUUUCUUUUGUAGCCAUCUCAGCUUUAGCACAUUAAAGAUACAUACAGGCAUAUUCCAUUGUAGGACUGUUUUCAGUAGUUACAAAUGCAACUCCUGUGUAUUUAAAAUCUGCAUGAAUGUACAGUAUUUCUACAGUAUGGUAUACUGUGUUAGAAAUGUGAUAAUCAACAUAUUUCAAGACAUGUUAAAAAGCUUUCAGGGAUACAGAUGCAUAAGAGAAUAGAAAAGGUGUAACUGUAUAGUAUACAAUAAGGAUGUCACCUCUACUUUUCUUACUAAAAUGUGUACAAGUAUCAUUUUAAUAUUAGCUAAUUGCAAAGCUUUGCUUUAUUUUGGGUUUUUAAAGAAAUGUUAUUUAUUGUUCAUCCAGCAUUUCAUCGCAUUGUCACGUAUAAUAUGGAUGCAAUUUGCUGCCUUUAGACCUUUCUGUAGUUCUCUUAAACUACACUGAUCUAACCUUGUUUUAUUAGCAAAGGGGAAAAUAUAUAUUCUCGCAUUAUAAGAAAAGCAGAAUACUUAGAAAUAACUACCUGCAGAGCAGUACUAUUUCUCUGUGAAGCUGAUUUACCACUGUUAUUUUGACUUAACCUCCGACCUUAGUGUUUCAAACCCAUGCCCUGCAUGGUGUCUCAGCAAGUUCCUAUAUAGCUGAUGUGGGAUUACUGAGAAAUUUUCGGAACGAAAAUUUAUUUGUGUGUGUGAAGCGAAUCUGUUCAAGUGCCUCCUGUUGCGGCAGACAUACCUUGUGAGAGAUUGCAGACAAGAUUAUGACAAACUUUAUGCAAUAUAUUGAAAGUUGCACAGAGGAGGUCAUUGAAAUAUUUCAGUAAAGGUGGCUUACAUGCUUAUGGACAUAUUGAUUAUGACAAAUGUUACAGAUGGAUUUGAUUAAUCACUUUGUCAGGAUGCAAUAUUAUUCCAGGGCUCUGUAGUGCUCCAUGUCCUGUUAAAGUUAGGGCAUGCACUGACAGCAUGGAAGCCUCCUGCACUCGUCAGUGCAGAACAUGAACUGAACCUCGUAUUGAAAUGCAAUAAGUGACUGCUUCACUGACUGUUAGUCAAACAUAGUAGGCCAUUUUUUAUGGAAAAAUUGCAAUAAUAUAAAUGUUCACCCUCUUUUAUUAACCAAAAUGGGUUAGUCCCUGGGUGUGGUCUAUGCAUAGUUCCACUAUUCCUUUCCCCUAUUUCACUUGAAUUUACUAAAGCCUCUUAGUGGAGGAGACUAAUCACUGGCCGAAACCUAGAGUUAAUCACUUUCAUUCUAAUCCUGAAACAGUGAUGAUUGUGUGAUAAUUGACUCAUGAAAGGGAAGCCCCCCCCCCCAUGCCACUCAAGACAGAUGUUACCUCACUAUGGGGGCUUGAACCCAGGCUCUCCAGCUGAAAUGUAUGCUGCCCUAAAGCAAAGAAAAGCUGAUCUCUAAAUCAGUAUUCCCUCCUGAUUUGCUUCAACAGGAUUACCCUGAUUUCAUUCGGGUGUAGUAGAGAAGCUCUGCAUGUCAUCACCUGUAGGGAUGGAAAACUCAGUGUCGUUGUGCGUUGACGUGUCUUUGGUGGAAUUGUCAUCUUCACCGUUGCUGUGGAAUUGUCCUCAUAGUGUCCUAUAAUGUUUUUUUUUCAUGUCAUAUAGCCUCAGUGAGCACUUAUUAGUGGGAUGGGGUGAAAACUGUUUAUCGUUUGCCAGAACUUCUCUCCGACCCAUGCUUGUGUCGUUUUUAGAAAAGUUGUUCUAUGCAAUUAUCAUUGUUAUGAGCAUUGUAAUGUUUUGUGGUUGUUUUUUUUAGACGCUCCAUACUUCAUGUUAUGUUCAGUAUGGUCAUUCUUUUAAUAAAAAGCAUAAU